AUGUACGCCGUCAUUGAGAAAGAAUUGCUCGCGAUUUGUUUCGGAUGUAAGAAAUUCCAUGAUUACGUCUACGGAAAAGGCCCGAUAACAAUAGAGACAGAUCAUAAGCCACUACUGGCAAUCAUGACAAAGCCCAUACAUAAACUCUCAGCCCGUAUGCAACGCAUGAGGUUACGCCUACAGCACUAUGAUCUGAAACUGGUAUACCGCCCGGGACGCGAAAUGUUUCUAGCUGACACUCUAUCACGCGCAUUCGUAUCCGACACCAACCCGCAAGACCUAUUCGAUGACAAAAUCGAGGUCAACUUGCUGAACAUUGCCAGUCACAUCAGCGAUGCCAAAUUAGAGGAGUUUAAAUCUGCCACGGACGCAGACCCAACUCUACAGUCUCUAAAAAACACUGUGAUGCAAGGCUGGCCAGAUGACAAACAGGAUGUACCACUUGAACUAACUCCAUACUUCCCGUAUCGCGACGAAAUCACAUUAGCGGACAACCUGUUGCUCAAAGGCGAUCGUCUCGUAGUACCAGAGACAUUGCGCGCAAACUUGCUCAAACGAAUUCAUGAAACUCAUAUGGGCAUCGUUAAAUCAAAACAAUUGGCCCGAGACAUUCUGUUCUGGCCCGGAAUGGGUCAACAAAUUGAGGAUACCGUAUCACGCUGUACCGCCUGCCAGACAGCGAGGAAAUCCAAACCGGCUGAACCUAUGAUACCACAUGACAUUCCAGACCUCCCGUGGAGUAAAGUCGCAACUGAUAUGUUUGAAUAUCGGAGCAAGGAAUAUUUGCUGACUGUGGAUUACUUCUCUAAGUUUCCGGAAGUGUGCAUUCUUCCCACGCUGACAAGCCAGUCUGUUAUUACGGCUCUCAAAGCAUCGUUCAGCAGAUUUGGCAUCCCUAAUGGCGUCAUCAGCGAUAAUGGGCCUCAAUUUUCAAGCCGCGAGUUCUCAGAUUUCUCCAAGGCCUGGGGAUUCCGCCAUACCACCAGCAGCCCUGGUUACCCCCAGUCUAAUGGACAGGUUGAACGCGCUAUUCAGUCAAUAAAGGACAUCUUCAAGAAAUGCGAACAAUCAUGCGAUGAUCCCAGCAUAGCGUUACUUAAUUUCCGCAACACACCACUCGACGGGGUUGGACAAUCUCCGGCGCAACUGUUAAUGUCACGCCGAUUGAAUUCGAAAUUGCCAAUUCUCCCCAAUCUCUUGAAACCAAAAGUGGUAGAUAACGCUCAUGAGAAGCUCACAGACCGUCAAAACCGCCAGAAACAGUAUUAUGACAAGCGUGUUAGUAAUAGCACAAAUGCUGACAUCCAUCCUGGAGAUGCAGUUCGUUUCAGGACCUUGAGAGGACAGUGGAAAUAUGGGACGGUGCAAAACAAACUGCCUGAUGUGCCGAGGAGCUAUAACAUUCAAACCCCCGAGGGUAAAUCGUUCAGACGUAACCGCCGUCACAUGUUUCAAACCCGCGAAAAUAACAUUCCCAACGAAGGGACUCGCCCACGUGUAAUGUAUACGUCUGGGGACCCGCCUCAUGCGCCUGCGAAUGAUCACACUGAUGUCAACGUGGCCCCACAGGCUGCAGUUGCUGAGCCCAUUCCAACCAUAAACAACACCCCGGGAUAUGUUACAAGGAGUGGGCGAACAAGCAAGCCACCUGAUAAACUAGAUCUCUAG